CUCGGCCUCGGCUGUCGGCGCUGGCUCGGAGCUGCAGGGGCUGCGGCUGCACAGCGGGCGAUGGUGGGCAUCCCGGGAGCGGCUGCCUUCCAGUUUCCGCCCCACCUUGCUCAGGGUCACAGGACCAAGAUGUGUGAGAGAUCUUCCUGAAUGGGACUCUUGUGAUCCCCUCCACCAAGAAGCCCCUCAUUCAUCUCUAGUUGCUAGUGAGAAGAGGGUGCCAGCGAUGCCUGGAUCCCCCGUGGAAGUGAAAAUACAGUCAAGAUCUUCGCCUCCCACCAUGCCUCCACGGCCACCCAUCAACCCUGGCGGGCCCCGCCCGAGCUCCUUCACCCCUACAGCAUUGUCCAAUGGGAUUAACCAUUCCCCACCCACCUUGAAUGGCGCUCCAUCACCACCACAGAGAUUCAGCAACGGCCCUGCGUCGUCCUCGUCCUCAUCGCUCACCAAUCAGCAGCUCCCUGCUACCUGUGGGGCCCGACAGCUCAGUAAACUGAAGCGCUUUCUGACUACCCUCCAGCAGUUUGGUAAUGACAUUUCCCCUGAGAUUGGAGAGAAGGUUCGGACCCUCGUCCUGGCUUUGGUAAACUCCACGGUGACCAUUGAGGAAUUCCAUUGUAAGCUGCAAGAGGCCACCAACUUUCCUCUUCGUCCCUUUGUGAUUCCAUUCUUGAAGGCCAACCUUCCCCUGUUACAGAGGGAGCUGCUGCACUGUGCCCGGGCAGCCAAGCAGACCCCUUCCCAGUACCUGGCCCAGCACGAACAUCUCCUGCUCAACACAAAUACCACCUCCCCAGCUGACUCUGCAGAGCUGCUUAUCGAAGUGCAUGGGAAUGGCAAGAGACACAGCCCUGACAGGAGAGAAGACCCCAGCUUUGAGAGAGAACCAGUCCCCCCCGAGCCUCCCGCCAAGAGGGUGUGCACCAUUAGCCCUGCUCCGAGGCACAGCCCGGCUCUCUCCCUGCCCCUCAUGAAUCCUGGUGGGCAGUUCCAUCCCACCCCGCCGCCUCUCCAGCAUUAUACCUUGGAAGACUUUGCCACUUCACACCUAUACAGAGACUCCACUAAGCUGCUGGAACAUCGAGAAAUCCGUGGCAGCGGCGGUGGCGGUGGUAGUGACCGACAUCAUGGGCUUGGCUUAAAUGGAGGCUACCAGGAGGAGCUGGUGGACCACCGUUUGACAGAGAGAGAAUGGGCUGACGAGUGGAAACAUCUGGAUCACGCUUUGAACUGCAUCAUGGAGAUGGUAGAGAAAACCCGACGUUCCAUGGCCGUCCUGCGGCGCUGCCAGGAAACUGAUCGGGAAGAACUCAACUUUUGGAAGAGACGGUGCAGCGAGAACACAGAGACCAGGAAAGCCGGGAGCGAGCUCAUCUCCAGGCAGCACAGCCCAGGAAGCUCAGACUCACUCAGCAACGAUUCCCAGCGUGACUUCAGCAGUAGGGCAGGAUCAGGCUAUGUCACUGAAGAGAUCUGGAAGAAAGCUGAAGAAGCUGUGAAUGAGGUGAAGCGGCAGGCCAUGUCGGAAGUGCAGAAGGCUGUGGCAGAGGCUGAGCAGAAGGCCUUUGAGAUGAUCGCAUCAGAGAGAGCCCGCAUGGAGCAGACCAUCGCGGAUGCCAAGCGCCAGGCCACUGAAGAUGCCUUCCUGGUUAUAAAUGAGCAGGAAGAGUCCACUGAGAGCUGCUGGAACUGUGGACGCAAAGCCAGUGAGACUUGCAGCGGUUGCAACAUUGCUCGGUACUGUGGCUCCUUCUGCCAGCACAAGGACUGGGAGCGUCACCACCGCAUCUGCGGCCAGGGGCCCCACAGUCAGAGCAAACCGCUUCUCCCCCCCAGCGGCCGCGUCUCCGUCACCAAAGCUGCCGACGGAGGGCUGAGCCCAGCCCUGGACAAGACCUCUGCGGCCACCUCACGGUCCUCCACCCCUGCCUCGGUGACGGCCAUAGACACCAACGGACUCUGAGCGGGGUCAGUCGUCGGUUCCUUUGUGGUCACUUCGUUACCACCACAGCCGGCCCCUUGGGGUACCGCGAGAAGGCGGCGGUUUCAGUUGAUACACGCACCUGUCAAACCAUCGGCACAUACCAUCUCAUCAGAGCAGGCAGCAGGGGACAGGGACAGCUACUUUCACUAUCUGUCAUGUUCCCCCAGGGGACAAGAUGACCAGCAGCUUCCCCAGGGCUGAUUGAUGGCUUCUCCAAAGUCUUGCUGGCCAAACAUGGCUUUACUGAGGCUUCCCACGUUUUCCUCUCGUGCAAGGGCCAUCCAGCCGCCAUGCAUGGAGGUGUGACCGUUGCAUCACUUUCUUCAUUUCAGAUCGCUGGCUCGAGCAGCCCCGGGCUCCAGCUUCCCCUUUCCUCGCCUCUCUCCAGAGCACCUUUGUUCCGGGCUUUCCAUGGUUAGGCCCCUUCUCUGUCUUGCCUGGCCCACAGGCUCCCCAGAGCACUUUCUCUGUGGAAUAGAAUUGGUCACAGAACAACAAUUCAGAUCUGGAAGGAGCCUCAAAGUCCAGCUCCCCAAGCCUGUAGCUGAACAGGAAGCUACUCUACAGUAUACCUGACCGGUGAACAUAACAGCAUUUGCUUUAAAGACAUCUGGUGACGGGAACCCGCUACACACUGCUGGUCUAGGGCACGGUGUUCUCACCCUAAUGCCUAGUCCCUGGCGGGCACCGAGAAUCCCAGUUUGAGCGGCUGGGGAGAAUGUGACUCCCAAAGCUACUUAACUCAUUGAGCCACAUUGUUGGGCUGGAGUCCAGAAAUCCCAGGCCUGACGGGACCUUCCGCAAGGAGAAAAGCCACCACCCCUUGCACUCUGACCUGCUCCCAGAGCCCAGUGUAGGGUCGACUCAGACCUGGAGGGGGAGGAGGAGCUGAAUGUUUUCAUUAAAUGCAUUAGUUAUGAUUUCUGUGAAUGGACGUAUUCGUUAUCCCUGCUCAGCUGGGGCCAGAGCCUCCCUCUCACUGGCUGCCAAGGUGCAGUUUGGGACCAUGAGGAGGAUAUGUCCUGAUCUUUAAUUUGUUAGGGGCUAUGCAGAGAACAUCUUAUCCACUGCAUGGAAGAUAAUCCCAUUUAUACUUCUAUAGAAACAGCUUUUUUUUUUUAAGAGUGAGCACAAUAGAGGGAGAGAGAAAUUGAAUUUAUUGUUGGCCCAUUCUCUCCAAGCAUGUUGGCCGAAACUAUGACUAUCACGUUUAGAACCUGCAGACCCAGAUGUCCAGAGCUCCACGGACUGGAAUAUUAGCUGUAUGUCCCAGGUCCCCAAGUUUCUUCCUGACACGCCGGCGAGUCUGGAUGCGGUAUUGCCUCAGUAGGCUGGCGUUAACGAAGCCUGGCACAGGGUAGCUGUGGGACCUGCUCGGCCACUCAAGUGAGGCCCUAGGUUUGGGUUUUGAUUUUUUUUUUUUGGUUUGGUUUUUGUUUUAUAAAGGAAGCAUGUGCCACGUCCAGAAAGAUUUCUCCAGCUUCUGUGCUUUCAGAUACUUAAACCUCCAUCAUCUGUCUUGUUAACCAUCCACAGGCUACAUGGUGCUUUAUCAGUCAGUCCAGUCCAGUGAGUAUUUACUAUUUGUCUCCUGGGUACUAGGCCUAGGACAACACAGACAAAAUGGGGAAAAAGUGGUACUGACUCUCAAGAGGGGUUUCCAGCCUACUAUUUAAAAUGUUUUCCCUCCCACAGCUGCCCUGUUGAUGCAAGAAAUUUCCUCUGGGCUCCUCCAGCCCUGGGAGGUCUGAGGAACAUCUUAUGGAAAAGAGAGAGAAGCACCUUGUUACCAGCCAGCCUGCCAUGGCUGCCUACCUGAAGUUGGGGCAGAGAGAGAGCUCUGAGCUCCCUAGGGAAAUGUCCUUGGACCUACAAGCCUCUCGCCAUUUACGAGUAGCUGAGCCUUGUUUCUUCUGGUGGGCUCAGCGGAACUUAGACCGAUACAUUCUCUUCCACGUGUGACCAGCAUUACAGGGUCAAUACAGGAGCACAUAGUAAGGAACCUAAGAGGGCCCACCGUACACAUCUUGUCUGUCGGACAGGAUCGGUCAGCACGAGCUAGGGGAAGCAUCUAGUAGAUCAGCAGGGUCUCCUGCCCAGAAGACAAAGAAGGUUCCAAAGAUUUACUCCUAUCGCAGUGAGUAACCCAAGCCUGGACUGACAUCUCCACAAAGAAGGGACAAGUGAUACUUCAUCCCCAAAGAGGAAUGGAUGAGAGAGGAGAGAGAAAAAAGUGUUUCACAUCGAGAGCAUCAUUGAAUCAGGUAUACUUCACUUUAAGAAAGCCAAGCAAUGAUAAGUCCAAACUUAGAAAACAAAAUAACCAUUCACUUUCUGAAGGAAGUUGCUGUAAAAUAACACUUGUAUAUUCAAGGGGCAAGUUAUAUUGGGUAAAAAAAAGGUAUGGUUAGAGAAAAGAUAAUAAACCAAAAGGUAAACUACGUAUGGGAUAACAAGAUUGCUUCCACUCUCAAUUUCUGAAUUUUGUAAUGAACGUUAGUUCUCGUCCUUGCCUGUGAGAGGGAGGGCCAUGCUGUUUGUCCUUCUCAGUGCAUACAUGGCUUCAUCUGAAUUUCAGCCAAGCCAUCGUAGAGUAUCCAUGUGGAGACAAUGGAGAGGCAGGGGCUAAGUAAUAAUAGCAAAGUUAAGCAGGCUCAGAGCUGGUUGAACAAUCGGACUCAAGGAGCAAGAAUUAAUGGGUUCAAGUUAAGUGGUGAGAGAAGGGUCUCUAGUGAUGGCCACAAGGCGCUGUCCUUGUUAACAUUUUUAUCAGUGGCUUUGGUAAAGGCCUUGUUUAUAUAAUGUGAAGCCACCAAAAAGCUGAGAGGGGUAGCCAAUGUGGGGGAUUAAAAAUUCCAAUACAAAGAUUUUCAUUAGGUUUCAAAAGAUAGGCUAAGCUUUGAAAUUUAACAGGGACCAGUGAAAAAUCUUAGAUAUUUAGGCUCCAAAAAUCCAUUACAUAAAUACAGAAUUGGGAGUGUCUAGACCAGCAGCCGUUCAGGUGACAAAGACCAAGAAGCUUUAGGAUGAACCAACAGUGUGUCAUGGCUGGUUAAAGAAGCUAUCACAAUCUUGGGCUCCAUGUCUAGAGGGGCAGUGCCUAGAAUGAGGGCAGGGUCAGCCCUGCUGCCUGCCAUCCUAGUCAAACACCGUUGGGAAUAUUGUUUCAUUUGGGAACCAUGUUGAUAAGCUAGGGCAUGUCAAGAACCGAGCAACUCAGAAGAUGAGAGGACAUGAAAUCACAUACUGUUGAAAGAACUGGGGAUGUUUAGCCUGGGAAAUGAGAAGACUGGUUGGGAGUAGGAGGUGGUACGUGAUGAAUGCCUUUUUUGUGGCUAAGGAAGAGGAAUUGGAGGACUUCUUGGCCCCGAGGCCUGAAUGAGGAGGCAUAGAUGGAAGUUACAGGGAAGAACAUUUGAGGUCAAUAUAAAAAAAAAAAAUGAGCAGCCAUCCAAGAAUGGAAGAAUUGCCUUGCUUUGGAUAGUGAGCUUCCAGUCACUGGAAGUAUUCAAGUAGGCUAGAUGCCCAUCCAUCGAUUACUGUAUGACCUCUCCGGUCUCUGCUUACUCUCUGAUUCAGUGAAAGCAAAGACUUUACCCUAAUGCCCAUUUCCAAAGAUGAUGAAACUGAUAAGGUGGGAGGAGUCAGGGAGGUUGACCAGGUGCUAGCGUGUUCCCCGUAAAUGGUGCUCCCGUUGCUCCAAGAGGCCACUGCUAGACCCACAUCCACCCCACGUGCCCUGUUGCAUUGCAAUGUAUUUCUCAAACCAAAUAGGUGUGCUUGUGUGUGUCUGUCCGUCUGACUCUCUCUCUCUCUCUCUCUGGGUGAAAACCCAUCACAGCUGUGGGAAAUGUGGAAAGGGUGAGGUCGGCAGCAGAGAAACAGCAAAAAGUGUUGUCAUCCAAGAGGGCGCCCUUGGUCUCCUAGGGCCCCAGCCAGGGCAGGGAUUGUCUUACACCCUGGCAUUCCAAAGUUCUGGGGAGGCAACAGAAGUGGUUCCAUGUCUGAGGCAUGACAAGAAUGUAAAUAAAUAAGAGGUGUGCCAACGGCCCCCAGUGGUGGUUCUUAAAAGAGGGUGAUUGGGAUAAAACCACACGACUGAGGAGAGGACAGUGGAUUGUUUUCUAUCUUCUUUGCCAUGUAACCCAAAUAGCCAUUUUUUUUGUCGUUACUUAAUUCCAUGCAUAACUUAUUUAAUGUCUUGUAUAAAGGAACCAAAAUUGUUAAAUAUGUAUUUAGUUUGUUCUACUUUAAGUAGUCAAUAAAAGGCUAUAUUCCU